CCAGAAUAGCAGUCAUGUAAAAUGUGAGAGACCCAUUUAGAUAUGCAUUUUAUGAUGAAGCAUUUUUUUAUCAAUCUGUUAUUUAUUUUUAUUACUAAAUGCAUGACAGAUUGGACAUGGAGGUCUUCUUUGGCUUUGUUUCAUGACUUCCUGCAUCCACAUGGGACUGUCGCUGCGGGUGAGAGGUCAAUUGUUGACUUCCAUAUAUCCAGUAAUAUUAUGCUGCGGCAUCCCAGGACAAUGUGACCCUCCUCGGAUCACCUUCAUUAGCUGGUUGAAGCGACUCGAAGAGCAAGACAGCGCACGGCCGGGCCGGGAUUGAACCCAGGGUGUCUCCAGCUGCAGCAUCUCCAGCCCGGGCUGCAGUUAGACGGUAGCUCGGGGAGCCCCUUGUCCCCUGCGGGUGACCAUGCGACAGUGGUGCCUUCCUGCCGCGGCUCCGCGCGCUGAACCGCUCCCAACGGGCCGAGUGUCACCUCCAAUCUCAGAUGCCAGGAUUGAGUGUUGUGAUGUGGAGCCGCGCUAUACCAUUGAACAGAUCGACCUUCUCCAGCGAUUAAGGCUGUCCGGGAUGACCAAACCUCAGAUCGUUCAAGCCCUUGAAUCUCUCGAGCGGCUUGAUCCGGACCAUCGCGCCCCAUGCUACAACGACCACACGACCCCAUCCGGUGCCCCUACCUCUGCAGCUCCCGCUGCCCCAUCUUCCUCCUCUUCCUCUUCUUCUCUUACCUCAGCAACCACGCAGACCACUGUAAUGGAUUCUGCUUUAUCGCCUAGCAACAGUUACGAAGCCUCACCCCCGCCACUUUACCCGCCCAGCGGAGUUCAAAGGUCAUACAGUUACGAGUUACCCGAAGAAGACUGGGAUCUGGAGGAGAAGGUGGAGGAGUACAUGAGGAGGGACAGUAACCUUGUGAAAGAAGAGAUAAAUGCUUUCCUCAAUAACAGAAGAAUCUCACAGGCCAUUGUGGGGCAAGUUACAGGUAUCAGUCAGAGCUACAUCUCCCAGUGGCUUCUACAGCAAGGUCUGGAGAUGAGUGACUCCAAACGCAGGGCUUUCUACCGCUGGUACCUGCUGGAGCGUAACAGCCCAGGAAGCAGAUGGAGUGAAAAUCAGCAUGUUCAGGUUCCCAGGAGCAGGACUGACACACCAUGGCAUAGACAGAGAGAACUUCUGAUGCACCUUCUUCCCUGGUAUUCUGCUCAACACAACCAGUCAGGUGCCACUUUGUCCAUGCGCUCGAUGGUUAAAGAAGAGCCUGAUUGGAGGUUGGCUGGUAGCCCUGGAGACAGAGCAGCGGUCGGGCCUUUCAGACUGCGCAGGGGGAGUCGAUUCACCUGGAGGAAAGAGUGCCAGUCAAUCAUGGAAAGCUUCUUUAUAGAGAACCAGUAUCCUGAUGAGGCCAAAAGAGAGGAAAUUGCCAACGCCUGUAAUGCUGUUAUUCAGAAACCUGGAUGCAAACUGUCAGAGUUUGAACGGGUCACUGCACUCAAAGUGUACAACUGGUUUGCCAAUCGAAGAAAGGAAAUGAAGAGACGUGCCAAUAUAGAGGCUGCCAUAUUAGAGAGCCACGGAAUAGAGGUGCCCAGCCCAAGCUGCCACUCAAACAGCGAAGUGGAGACUCAAGAGUUUGGUGAUCAAGUUAUGAAUCAGCGGUUCUCUGAGCAAGAUGAGCUCUCUCAGAGAAAAGACAUAGACCAAGACGUUCCCAUGUUACCCGCUGUAGAAAUGGUGUCUCUUUCAAGUCCAGCCUGUCAACCGGUGGAUCAAAAGCUGGACAAAUCAAAAAGGCAGGCAUCUGAUGAGGAUUAGCCAAUGGGCGGAGUCUUAUUUUUGUCCAAAGUGGCUUGAAGCUGUUGUUGUCGUCAGCCAGGCCUGACCCUAAGUUCUCUGGUUCCUCUAGUGGUAGGGAGGCCACUCUAUGUAUCUACAAUAAUCACGCCUGUAGUAAUGGCAAUAUUUAUCUCUAUAACGUAUAUUGUGCAUUCCGAAACAGUCUUAACCCGUCCCGUGAGAGGGAAACGAUGCAUAAGGUGCAAACUAGUAACCUUUCCGAACAAGCUAGUGCUAUUUCUUUCAUUUCUCAGUAUUCUCAUAUAUAACAGUUUCAUCUGAAUUAGUCUAGAGAAACCUGCAGGACAGGUGUUUCAAGUCGACAGAAGGGGUGCAAUGUUUUUUGUAUGAACGUUAGGAGAGCCUAAUUGUCAUAUGCAAUAGUUGAAGGGCAAGAUGGGAUGGACACACCCCUGAUAAAUACACCAACUCAGGUAGAACUCAAUUUGGCAAUUGAAAGAGAUUGUUCAGAGAGACGUUCCAUCUCGGUCUUCUUCACUAUCACGAAAUGUUUUAUCAUAAUAAUGGUUCAGAUUUGUGACCUAUUCAUCACGCUUACUGGACUGUGUACAUAUAUUUUGGUUGUUCACAGAUCUGAAAGUAAUAUUCAGAUUAUCACUCGUCUCUUUUUGUAUACACGAUUGUAAGCUCUUUAUAUCCAGCCACUUAAGCUACACUGACCCUUGACGGGGGUCAAAACGCUUUACAUUUUUUUAAUUAUUAUCAUUGUUUGCUAAAAGAGUCAUUUACUUACCUCUUGAAUAAGGUAAUGCAGUAUGUAAAACUACAAAGUAUAUAAUAUCAGCAUCUAAUGCAACAAGCUGCUUUUGAAUGGAUGGACAGUCUCAAAUGACUUGGGUGUCUCAGAAGCCAAAGCUGAAGGCCGAGUUGUAAAACAACAGAUUUUACAUCAUCACAUAGUGUGUCACAGUGAGAAACGCUUUGAGCGUGCAAAGGCUCGUAGCUGAACAGUUUGAAUAUUCUGACCUAUCAGGUCUGUACACAAACAGGAUGCAAUGCUGCAAACUUUGCUUUUUCCUAUUGACAUAAAACAAUAAAAUGAAUAACAUGUAGUGUUGAGUUUGAAUUGAAUUGUUUAUGGAGACAAUGAUUUUGUGUGGAUUCAUUCUUACAUUUUAUUAAUACAGUUCAGAUGCAGCAGAUAACACUUUCUUUACUUAAUGAUAACAAAUGGAAUCCUUAUGUAAAGUGUUACUCCAUAGUAAUGUAAAUACUGUUUAAAGGAUCAUAAAAUCCUUUAGAAAUCUUAGAUUAUUUACUAUAGAUAUUUUAACUGGAUUUUGUCACAACAAUGGCAACAUGGGUAAAUUGCAUUUUAGCUGCCACAGAUUGAUAAUAUCAAGCUAAUAAAGGCAAUGAUUGCAAAAUGCAACGGACAAAAUGUCUCUAUUGACAUCUCAACAAUGUCAUGUAUUUAUGGUUGGCUCAAGCCGUAAAUAG